AUGGUUCGCUCAAGAGAAGAGGAUGAGUUUGUCUUGACACUCUCUGACAAUGACGAUGCAGCCUCGAUCGAGUCCGAGUCUGACGCCGCAGCCCCCAAUUUAAAACGCAAGCGCAACGAAGUCAAAAAUGGCGGCAAGUCAAAGAGGCAGAAAACACAAGGGAAGGCCAAACAACCACUUGCAUCGUCUCCACCUGAGUCAGAAAGUGACGAGGACCAUGGUGUUGAUGAUGGCGCCAUAGACUCCGAGUUCGAGUUCGACGUCGCCGCCAAUCCUGUUCAAGAAGAGCUCGAAGAGUUCGACGGCUGGGGAGAAGGCAGCAAAGUCAACGGUCGAGGAAGUCAAAAGGGAGUGGACAUCGAUGAGCUCAUUGCACGUCGGUCUGUCAAGAAGCAGCAAAAACCCAAGGCCGAUAGCGUAGGAGAAGCCGAGAGUACAAGCGAGGAAGAAGACGAAACAGAGGAAGAUGAAGAUGACAUCCAAAUUCCAGACUUCGAAGACGAUGAACUAGUGGCAGACGACACCUUUGGCGCAGGGGCAGUGUCUGAAGACGACGAGCAAAGCUCAAGCACUGAUGACGAGUCUGGCGAUGAUGCAUCUGACAAUGACUCGGUUGCCUCGCCUGUCGCCCAUCCAGACGACUUGGCCUCUGACCAUGAGGACUCAGACGCCGAGUCGCAGGCUUCCGCAGAUGCUGAAGAACAGGCCAAACGAGCAGCAUUCUUUGCUCCGGAGGAGAAGGUGAAGCAAGCCGACCUCAAAUCUGUGUCUUCGUUCCAACAAUUCUCCCUCUCUCGCCCCAUUUUACGAGGAUUGGCUUCGUUGUCCUUCACGGCGCCCACACCAAUUCAGACCCGUGCGGUGCCGGUCGCGCUUCAAGGCCUCGAUGUGGUCGGUUCAGCCGUCACAGGUUCCGGCAAAACAGCAGCAUUCCUGCUUCCCAUCCUGGAACGACUGCUCUAUCGUCCACGAAAGGUCCCCACAACCCGCGUCGCCAUCCUGAUGCCCACCCGUGAGCUGGCAGUACAAUGCUACAAUGUCGCAACGGCGCUGGCGCGCUUUACGGACAUCACCUUUGCUCAGGUUGUCGGUGGUUUCUCGCUUCGCGAACAGGAAAAUAUCCUUAAGAAACGGCCCGACGUUGUCAUUGCCACACCGGGCCGUUUCAUCGAUCACAUGCGUAACUCGCCAAGUUUCACCGUCGAAAACAUCGAGAUCCUCGUGCUCGACGAAGCCGACCGCAUGCUUGAGACCGGGUUUGAAGACGAACUGAAUGAGAUCCUCAAGACCAUCCCCAAGUCGAGGCAGACAAUGCUCUUCUCCGCAACCAUGACGGACAGUGUCGACAAGCUUGUGCGCGUUGGCAUGAACAGGCCGGUUCGACUCUCUGUGGACGCGAAGAAGAGUACGACCGCUGGACUUACGCAAGAAUUUGUACGCUUGAGACCCGGCCGCGAGAACAUGCGUCUCGCGACCUUGUGCGUACUAUGCAAGAAUGCUUUCACAGAGCGGGUGAUUGUGUUCUUCAGGCAGAAGAAGGAAGCGCAUCGAGUCCGGAUUAUAUUCGGCCUUCUUGGUAUCAAGGCCGGUGAACUGCACGGCAGUAUGACGCAGGACCAACGUAUUAACGCGGUGAACGCCUUCCGCGAAGGCCGGACGACGCACCUCCUCGCCACCGACUUGGCGAGUAGAGGUCUUGAUAUCAAGAAUGUCAUGACUGUGGUGAACUACGAAGCACCUCAGACACACGAGAUUUACGUGCACAGAGUAGGCCGCACAGCCCGUGCUGGCAGAUCUGGUCGGUCGUGUACAAUCGCGGCGGAGCCGGAUCGCAAAGUCGUAAAAGCUGCCGUGAAGAGUGCGAGGGAGCAAGGCGCGAAAGUCGUCUCGAGAAUCAUGGACGUGAAGGAGGUUGAUGCCAUGAGGAGCCAAAUUGAAGAAAUGGAGAAGGACAUUGAAGAUAUCCUGCGCGAGGAGAAGGAAGAAAGGCAGCUUGCCCAGACAGAGGCGGAGAUUACCAGGGGCGAGAAUCGAAUCAAACAUGAGGCCGAGAUCAUGGCGCGACCAAAGAGAACGUGGUUCGAGAGCGAGAAGGACAAACUUGACGCCAAGAAGAGAGGUCUGCUAGAAUUGAACGGUCCCAACGGCGUGGUCAAAGUCAAGACGGAGAGAAAGAAACUGAGCAACAAGGACAAAAAGAAGUUGGAUUUGCACAGGGAAAGGGUGGAUGGAAAAAUGUGGAAGAAAGGCAAGGGGAGUGAAGAGGCCGCUAUCAGGGAGCGGAGAGAGCGCAAGAAGAAAAACAAAGGGGGAGGAGUCGGAGGUAAGACAGCAGCUGGAAAAGUGAAGAACAAGAACAAGAACAUGAAGCGGAGGAGGUAA